AUGCAGAGCGCUAUCGAUGCGCCUCGGUCCAAGGGCAGGCGCUCAACGCAGGAAGACAUGAGCGAGAACCGACAACCCACAGCUUCUUUGGACCUUGACGCCAACACACCCAUCACCUACCGAUAUCUCGGCUUUGAGACUCUUUUGCCUAGUAUACGCUACGCCGAUAUUGACGUGGAUGCGCAGCAACGCCUGCCACCAUGUCCCGACGACUCCAAGUUCGGCUCACCAUUGCAGUGGCCCCAGCAUCCCAUGGCAGAGGACCUCGGCUCGUCCAACAUUGCCAUGAUCGCCGGCAUCACAACGUUUUGCAUCGGCUUUGCCCUCUCACCAAUGGUACUAGCACCCAUCUCGGAAAUCUACGGCAGAAGAAUCGUGCUUGUUCCCUCGGGCAUAACCUAUGUUGCUUUCCAGGCUGUCUGUUCAGUCAUGCCGAACCUGGCUGGCAUGCUGAUCGCCCGCCUUUUCGUGGGCAUCGGAGGAGCCGUCUUCAGCUCCGUCAUUGGGGGCAUCAUUGCCGACAUGUGGACCAAGGAUACGCGCAAUACCCCGAUGGCCCUCUUCAGCGGCUCGGUCCUGGCUGGCACUGGUGCAGGGCCCCUCCUUGCCGCCGUUAUGAUGAGCAGGAUCGGGAAUAAGACUCUUGCCUGGAAGUGGGUAUUUUGGCACCAAGUCAUCGUAGACGCCGUGCUGGUCGUCUUGAUCGUCCUUUUCUUGGACGAGAGUCGUGGGUCUGUCUUGCUGUCGCGCAAGGCCAAGGUCCUUAACGAAUGGUACAAGGCACUGGAGGAUGCCGGCGUCUACGGUUGUCGGUUCGAGGAACCCGAGAUUCUGAGCGACAGUAGCGACACGACGACGUCGGGCAGCGACGAAAAACUUGCCUCUUGCCAGUGGACUGCCGCCGACCAGCCUUCUCGAGCGAUGACAACAACAGUCCGCCUGCGCUGGCUCGUGAAGGAGGACGAAGAGCGCGCUUCCCUGGCGCAGCUGAUGAAGACAUCGAUGAUUCGGCCGUUCCACCUGCUAGUCGCCGAACCUGUCGUCUUCUUCUUUUCCCUCUGGUGUGCCUUUGCCUGGGCGGUGCUCUACUGCACCUUUGGCACCAUCCCGCUGGCGUUUUCUCGCGUACGCGGCAUGAAUAUGGAACAGUCGGGAUACUUCUUCGGCUCCAUGAUUGUUGGUGCUUGCGUCGGCACCGUCGUCAGCAUCUACCAGGAUCGCCUUCUGGCCCUGCCCCAAUGGCGAGCCGACAGCCCUGUCGAGACACAUUCCUCGUUCUGGCUUCUCAUGAGGCGGCGUUUCCCAGCCGAGGCCCCCGAGUCGCGGCUUUACUUCACCUGCCUCACCGCGACUUUCCUGCCGGUCGGCCUCUUCCUCUUUGGCUUCACCGUCGGCUCCGACGCGCACUGGAUCGCGCCUGCUUUCGGCAUCGGGCUCGCGACCUGGGGCAUCUACUCUGUGUACCUCGCCACUUUCAACUACUUUGCCGACAUUUACCACAUGUACGCCUCGUCGGCGCUCGCCGCGCAGUCUUUCUGCCGGAAUCUGCUAGGAGGUGCGUUUCCGCUGGUCACGGGGGCGUUGUUCACGAAUCUGGGGGAGGCGCGGGCCGGUGCGUUGCUGGGCGGCAUCGCCACGGCGUUGACGGUUAUACCGUGGGCGUUGGUGUUUUUCGGACAACGGAUUCGGUCGCGUAGCAGGUUCGCCAUUACGCCGUUCACCGUCCAGCCUCCGGUAAGGGAUCGCGUCCACUGUAGUAUGAUGUGGAGGUACUCUGAGAAGCCGGACAGAGGCUUGAAAACGAUCAUCUCACAGACCACAAGUCGAGGAAGACAUGUUGAGCGACCCAAGACGACUGAUCCGGGACUGAAUCCCUGA